AUGGAGCUUGGAAACCACACCACUGUGACAGAGUUCAUCAUUCUGGGCUUAACAGAAGAUCCUACACUUCGUGUCAUCUUCUUUGUAAUAUUUCUAGGGGUUUAUGUCGUCACUUUAGUAGGCAAUAUCAGCAUAAUCACUUUAAUAAGAAGCUGUUCCCAGCUCCACACCCCCAUGUACCUGUUCCUUAGCCAUCUGGCUUUUGUGGACAUUGGGUAUUCCACCUCAGUCACACCUAUAAUGCUUGUAGGUUUCUUUGGACAUGGAACAGCCCUCCCUGUGGCUGGCUGUGAGGCUCAACUAUGUUCUGUUGUGUUGUUUGGGACAGCUGAGUGCUUUCUGCUGGCAGCCAUGGCCUAUGAUCGCUUUGUGGCCAUCUGCUCACCCCUGCUCUACUCAACCCACAUGUCCCCCAGAGUUUGCAUUCUCUUGGUGGCGGUGUCCUAUCUGGGUGGUUGUGUGAAUUCUGGUACAUUUGGAAGUUGUUUACUGAGUCUGUCCUUCUGUGGGCCCAAUCGUGUUGAUCACUUUUUCUGUGAUUUUUCUCCUCUGUUGAAACUUUCCUGCUCAGAUAUCUCCGUUGUAGAAAUGAUCCCAUCCGUCUCUUCUGGCUCCAUCAUUGUGCUCACAGUGUUUGUCAUCGCUGUGUCUUACAUCUCCAUCCUCACCACCAUCCUGAAGAUGCGCUCCACGGAAGGCCGACACAAGGCCUUCUCCACCUGCACCUCCCACCUCACUGCAGUCAUCCUGUACUACGGGACCAUCACAUUCAUUUAUGUGAUGCCCAAGUCCAACUACUCCACUAAGCAGAACAGGAUAGUGUCUCUGUUCUACACAGUUGUGAUCCCCAUGUUGAACCCCCUGAUCUACAGCCUGAGGAACAGAGAUGUGAAGGAGGCCCUGAGGAAGAUGACUGUCAGAAUGUAUUCUUAG